AUGAUGGUGCCGUUACCUGCGGAGCAAACCGGUGAAUCAGCGCCGGCGGAAUCGCAGAGAUCCAUUCCGACGCCUUUUCUGACGAAGACGUACCAGCUCGUGGAUGAUCCCUCUGCUGAUGACCUAAUUUCCUGGAACGAAGAUGGCACGAGUUUCAUCGUUUGGCGGCCUGCUGAAUUUGCACGGGAUUUGCUUCCAAAGUACUUCAAACACAACAACUUUUCCAGUUUUGUCCGUCAGCUAAACACAUAUGGAUUUCGGAAGGUUGUCCCCGAUCGUUGGGAGUUCGCUAACGACUGUUUCCGGCGAGGUGAGAGAACUUUACUUCGCGACAUACAACGCCGGAAAAUAUUGCCGGUGCCGCCAACGGCGGCACCGGCAGUAGUCACUGCCAAUACUGUAACGGUGGCUGUGGCGGCACCGGCGAUCAGAACGGUAUCUCCGACGACUUCCGGUGACGAACAGGUACUAUCCUCGAACUCAUCUCCGAUUGCUGGAAAUAUUAAUAAUACAGUGCACCGCACCACGAGUUGCACCACUGCGCCCGAGCUGUUAGAAGAAAAUGAAAGGCUUAGAAAAGAGAACAUGCAACUGAAUCACGAGUUGAGUCAAUUGAAGAGUUUGUGUAAUAACAUACUCGCUUUGAUGACCAAUUACGCUUCUGGUUUUAGCCGUCAGCAGUUAGAAUCGUCCACGAGUGCUGUGAGGACCGUGCCGCUGCCGGAAGGGAAGGCGCUGGAGCUUUUGCCUGGUAAGUAUGUUUUGUCGGCUGAGGACGCCGUGCAUGUCGGUGGCGCUGCCGGAUCAGCGCCGUGUACGACGGCGAACGCGGCGGAGACAGAGGUUCCCAAGCUGUUUGGGGUUUCGAUUGGAUUGAAAAGGUGUAGGACAGAGUGCGAGGCCGAACCGGAGGGAGAAGAACAGAAUCAAAUGCAAACGCGAGCACAGAUGCAGGCACAAACACAAUCGUCGCAAGAACCAGAUGGCGGGCCUGAUGUGAAAUCUGAACCGCUUGAUGGGGAUGAGUCGGAUGAUCAGGAUCCUCGUUGGCUGGAGCUUGGGAAAUGA